GGGGAGAAGCCGGAGGUGGAGCCGAGAACGCGCCCGUUGAUGACGUCACAGGUCGGCCCUCUAUGGAUCAUUCUGGCCAGCGGCGCUUUGCUCACCUUCCAGGAGCAAGUCCUGUGGCGUAUCAUGACUGCUCACCCGGCACAAGCUCCAGGCUCCGAGCAAGCCUGGCUUGAGGCUGCCCAGGCCUUCAUCCAAGAGACCCUGUGUCCAGCUGGCAAAGAGUCUAACGUCCAGUUGACUCAGUUGAUAAUUGACUGUGUGAAGACUACCUGGUUGUCCCAGGGAAGGAACCAAGGUUUUACACUGCCCCUCAGCUACAGCUUUGUCUCAGUACAGGACCUCAAGACCCACCAGCACCUCCCAUGCUGCAGCCACCUGUCCUGGAGCAGUACCGCGUACCAGGCUUGGGCCCAAGAAGCUGGACUAAGUGGGACCCUGCCCCGGGAGCGGCUUUUACUUUUAGGGACACUAACAGACCUAUCAGGGGACUUGGAACAAAAGUGCAGGAAUGGAAAUCUUUAUGUGAGAGAUAACACUGGUAUCCUGGGCUGUGAGCUCAUAGAUCUGGACCUUUCUUGGUUGAGCCAUCUCUUUCUGUUCCCCAGUUGGAGUUACCUCCCUCCUGCCAGGGGUAAUUUCUCAGAAGAAGGGCACUUGGAGCUCUGGGGUGCCCCUGUGCCAGUGUUUCCCUUGACCAUCAGUGCUGGCCCUCUCACCCCUAUCUCUGUUCUCUACCCUGAGGCUGCUUCCCGCCUGCUCAGGCACAGGAGCAAGCUCAAAGUCGUGCAGCCAAACCUGGCUGGGAAGCUGGUUCGAUUGAGUGCCCUGGUGAAAAGUCAAAAGAAAGCUUACUUUGUCCUGUCUCUUGGUGAAUCAUCCCCAGCUGGCAGCCAAACUGGCAGUUAUGUGUCCAUCAUCGUUCAGGUCCCUGCCCAGCUGGUCUGGCACCGAGCCCUUUGGCCUGGUAGGGCCUAUGUGCUGACAGAGCUUCGAGUAUCCAAGAUCCAUGGUCACCGUUACCAUGUUUGGACAACUAGUCCCUCCUCCCGUCUGUUGCCGCUGAAACCAGAAUGUGUGCGAGAGCUGGAACUAAAAUUAGAGCCAGACGAACUCCUCUUAGAGGCUGACCCCAAGCCACACCCUAGGCCCAGCAACUCCCAAGACAGGAAGGAGCAAAAAGGUCUUGUCCGGGACUCCAGACUCUUAUCAUAUACGGGAACGGUCACGGGUGUGCUGAAUCAGCCUGCUGGCCUCUAUGAACUGGAUGGGCAGCUGGGGCUUUGUCUUGCUUACCAGCAAUUCCAUGGCCUCAGGCGGGUGGUGCGACCAGGAGUCUGUCUGGAGCUCCAGGAUGUUCACCUCCUUCAGUCAGUGGGUGGAGGGACAAGAAGGCCAGUGCUAGCCCCUUGUCUCCGUGGUGCCAUUCUACUUCGAGGAUUCUCUCGUCAGAAGCCUGAGACUCAGACUUCCCCCCAAGCCCAGGGGGCCUCCCUGUAUGAGCAGCUGGUAUGGGAAUAUCAGCUAGGACUUCCCCUCUAUCUGUGGGCUACCAAGGCCCUGGAGGAGCUGGCUCGCAAGCUGUGUCCCCAUGUGCUGAGACACCACCAGUUCCUUCAGCAUGUCUCUCCUGGGAACUCCAGCCUGGGACUACAACUGCUGGCUCCUACCCUGAAUGUUCUGUCUCCACCAUGCAUCCCCAGUCGGAAUGCACAUAAGGAGAUCCUUGAAGAGCCACAUCUCUGUCCACUCCAGAAGUAUGCUCGGCUGCAGACUCCCUGCUCUUUCCCCACUCUGGCCACCCUGAAAGAGGAAGGGGAGCGCAGGGCCUGGGCCUCCUUUGACCCUAAGACCCUUCUGCCCCUCCCAGAGGCUUCACACCUGACCACUUACCAACUCAAUCAGCGCCUUGCCUGGUCCUGGCUCUGUCUGCUGCCCGCCACCUUCCAACCAGCUCAUGUUUUACUUGGGAUCCUAGUGGCUUCAUCUCAUAAAGGUUGUCUACAACUUCGGGAUCAAAGUGGUUCCCUCCCCUGCCUACUCUUGAACAAGCACUCACAACCCAUCACUGACCCCCGGCUCAUAGGCUGUUUGGUGCGGGCAGAGAGGUUCCAGUUGGUCAUAGAGAGGAAUGUCAGAAGCAACUUUCCUUCCUGGAAGGAACUGAGCAUGACGGGCUUCAUCCAGAAGCAGCAGGCCAGAGUGUACGUCCAGUUCCUCCUGGCUGAUGCCCUGAUCCUUCCUGUGCCCAGACCCUUCCUUCUCUCAGCCACCUCAUCAACAUCUCCUCAGACAGAGCCCACCCUCCCCAAGGAUCCCCACUUAGGACAGAGCCGGUUGUUCUUGCUGUCCCACAAGGAGGCACUGAUGAAGAGGAACUUUUGUAUUCCCCCAGGAGCCAGUCCAGAGGUGCACAAGCCCACACUCAGUUUCUACGUAUCAGGGAGCUGGCUUGGGAGCACCCAGAGGAAGGAGGGAACCGGAUGGGGCUCACUUGAGCUCAAGGGAGAUGAGAACAAGAAUCAGAAGGUUCUCCUCAUCUUUCUUGGCUCCUCAGUCCGCUGGUUCGAUUUCUUGCACCCUGGGCAAGUAUACCGACUUGUGGCUCCUGGCCCUCCCACACCAAUGUUGUUUGAGGAGGGUAGUUCAUCCUGCAUAUCGCAGCGUCCUCUGGAGUUGGCUGGUUGUACAUCCUGCCUCACUAUCCGGGAUGAGUGGACCCUGGAACUUGAGAGCUCCCAGAACAUCCCAGAUGUGCUGGGUAUCAACAAGGCACUGCCUCAGUCCUCACUGACCGACCUGCUCAGUGGCAACUUCACAGAUUCUUUGGUGUCCUUCUCAGCUGAGAUUCUGUCACGGACAUUGUGUGAGCCACUUCCGGCCCCUAUCUGGACAAAGCCUGGGAGCACUGAGGCCAGAAGACGGUGUGUGAAGCUAACUGUAGCUCUGGAGACUGCUGAUUGUGAAUUUCCCCCUCACUUGGACAUAUAUAUUGAAGGCCCACACUUGCCUCCACCACUAGGACUCCUUCCAAGAGCCCGAGUCUACUUUAACCAGCUGGAGAAAAGAGUUUCCAGAUCCCACAAUGUUUACUGUUGUUUCCGGUCAUCCACUUAUAUGCAGGUCCUGAGUUUUCCCCCGGAGACCACAAUUAGUGCUCCGCUGCCCCACAUCUACCUGGCUGAACUGCUACAGGGUGGGCAGUCCCCAUUCCGUGCCACUGCCUCUUGCCAUAUUGUUUCUGUCUUCAGCCUUCAGCUCCUCUGGGUGUGUGCUCACUGUACCAGCCUCUGCCACCAGGGGAGGUGUACUCAUCAGAGUUCCACUUGCCCCACUCAGACAUCUGUAAGCCAGGCCAGCAUCAGGCUUCUGGUGGAGGAUGGAACUGCUGAAGCUGUGGUGACCUGUAGGAAUCAUCAUGUGGCAGCAGCACUAGGGCUGUGUCCUAGUGAGUGGACCUCCCUCCUAGAAUUUGUCAGAGGGCCAGGGAAAGUGGCCUUGCAAUUUACAGGGCCUGGAGCCCAACCUGAGUCUUCAGCCAAGAUUGGUGAGCCCUUGACCCUCUUCCUCCGGACACUUUGUACCAGCCUCUCUGUCCUCCGCCCUAUUGUGCUUUCAUUUGAGCUUGAGAGGAAACCCUCCAAGAUCAUCCCUUUAGAAUCUCCUCGGCUACAGCGAUUCCAAUGUGGGGAGCUCCCUCUCCUGACUCGUGUGAAUCCCACGAUCCAACUGUCAUGUCUCUCUAUCCAGGAGCCUGAGCACUCCAGCUCUCUGGGGGCAUUUGCUUCUUCCUGCUAACCUGAACUGCAACAAUGGCCCGAAAGUUCUUUCUGUCUGCUGGAACCCUUGAGAGCUAGGCCCCAGCUCCUCCCCCUUGUCGUAGCCCUUGCCUUCUUUGUGAUUGAACCAGGACCCCAGAGCCCUGUAUUCAUAAACUGCUACCCUACUGUAAUUUCUCCUUCAUAUUCUGGUGCUAGCCCACCUUGGGGAAAGUAUGGAAAUAGGCAAAUCAUGGCGCUGUUGAUAUUUUACCUCUGCUUGGGGUCAAAGCACCUGCAUUCACAGGUGACCCUGACCCUGGGUUCUGCCAUUGUGGCAGGGGCCAGAGGAACAGAAGACUCGCCUUGUGUUAUAGGUAGUUUCAUUUACUUUUAGCAAGUAGAGGAGAUGGAAAUUAACAUUUAGCAAAAUGUUAAAAGAAUAGCAUUUAGUAAGAACAGCCCAGACCUUGAGACUCUUGUCCUAUCUAACACUUGUGACAAGUCCCUUGGACUGUAAUAAAGCUCUGGUGAUGUUUUGCACUUGU